CUGGGCCGCGCCUCGCCUCGCCUCGCCCUGCCCGGGCCCUCCUCUUCCUGCCUCCCGCCCCUUCGCCGUCCGCCCAAAGCGCCUGCCUUUCCUGGCCAUCCACCGGCAGCGCCAGCAAGCAUGCAGGUCUUCCAGUAUCCCGAGGUGUAUCGCGAAGAGACCUCCGUGCAAGACUAUCAUGGCUGCAAAGUAUGUGAUCCAUAUAGCUGGCUUGAAGAUCCUGAUAGUGAACAAACAAAGGCUUUCGUGGAGGCACAAAACAAGAUAACGGUGCCCUUUCUUGAGCAGUGUGCUAUCCGAGGACAGUUUAAGGAGCGGAUGACUGAACUGUAUGACUACCCCAAGUACAGUUGUCAUUUCCGGAAAGGGAAAAGGUAUUUUCAUUUUUACAAUUCUGGACUUCAGAAUCAGCGAGUAUUAUACGUGCAAGACUCCUUGGACGUUGAUGCCAAAGUAUUUCUAGACCCAAAUAAACUUUCUGAUGAUGGUACUGUGGCUUUGCGAGGUUACGCGUUCAGUGAAGAUGGUGAAUAUUUUGCAUAUGGUUUGAGUUCCAGUGGGUCAGACUGGGUAACAAUCAAAUUUAUGAAGGUGGAUGGAGCUGAGGAACUUCCAGACACACUGGAAAUGGUGAAGUUUAGUUGUAUGGCCUGGACCCACGAUGGCAAGGGCAUGUUCUACAACUGCUACCCAAAGCAAGAUGGCAAAAGUGAUGGCACUGAAACAUCAACCAACUUGUACCAAAAGCUGUACUAUCAUGUCUUGGGAACUGACCAGUCCACAGAUGUUUUAUGCGCAGAAUUUCCCCAUGAGCCAAAAUGGAUGGGUGGAGCCGAGAUAUCUGAUGAUGGCCAAUAUGCUCUGCUAUCCAUACGGGAAGGAUGUGAUCCUGUGAACAGAUUGUGGUACUGUAAUCUACAGAAGGAAUCAAAUGGUAUUGCAGGUAUUUUGCAGUGGGUGAAAUUGAUAGACAACUUUGAUGCAGAAUAUGAAUAUGUCACGAAUGAGGGAACUAUAUUUACCUUCAAGACGAAUCGCCAUGCUCCAAACUAUCGAUUAAUUAAUAUUGAUUUUAAUGAUCCUGAGGAAUCCAAGUGGAAAGUGUUGGUUCCUGAACAUGGAAGGGACGUUCUGGAAUGGGUCGCUUGUGUUAGAUCCAAUUUCCUUGUCUUGUGUUAUCUCCAUGAUGUGAAGAAUGUUCUGCAACUCCAUGACCUAGCAACUGGUGCCCAUCUCAAGACAUUUCCAUUAGAUGUUGGCAGUAUUGUAGGAUACAGUGGCCAAAAGAAAGACACUGAAAUAUUUUAUCAGUUUACUUCCUUCUUAUCACCAGGUAUUAUUUACCACUGUGAUCUGACCAAAGAUGAACUAGAGCCAAGAGUUUUCCGAGAGGUCACAGUAAAAGGAUUUGAUCCUUCAGCUUACCAAACAGUGCAAGUUUUCUACCCCAGCAAAGAUGGUACAAAGAUCCCCAUGUUUAUUGUCCACAAAAAAGGAAUCAAAUUAGAUGGGUCUUCUCCUGCCUUUCUUUACGGUUAUGGUGGCUUCAACAUAUCUAUCACACCAAGCUACAGUGUUUCAAGGCUCAUUUUUAUAAGACACCUGGGUGGUAUUCUAGCUGUGGCUAAUAUCCGAGGAGGUGGUGAAUAUGGAGAGACUUGGCACAAAGGUGGUAUCUUGGCCCACAAGCAAAACUGCUUUGAUGACUUCCAGCAUGCAGCUGAGUAUCUUAUCAAAGAAGGAUAUACAUCGCCAAAGAAGCUGACUAUUAAUGGAGGUUCAAAUGGAGGCCUCUUAGUUGCUGCCUGCGCCAAUCAGCGUCCAGAUCUAUUUGGCUGCGUGAUUGCUCAAGUCGGAGUGAUGGACAUGCUGAAGUUCCACAAAUUCACCAUUGGUCAUGCCUGGACAACAGACUUUGGCUGCUCUGAUUAUAAAGAACAAUUUGAAUGGCUAUACAAAUAUUCCCCUCUCCAUAAUAUCAAAGUGCCAGAAGGAGAUGGAGUCCAGUAUCCAGCCACAUUACUCCUUACAGCUGAUCAUGAUGACCGUGUGGUGCCUCUUCAUUCCCUAAAGUUCAUUGCUACUCUGCAGUACGUUGUCGGCCGAAGCCCCAAACAGACCAACCCGCUACUAAUUCACGUUGACACCAAGGCUGGCCAUGGUGCUGGAAAGCCAACAGCCAAAGUUAUAGAGGAGGCAUCUGACAUGUAUGCCUUUAUAGCAAGAUGCCUAAGUCUUGAAUGGAUAGAAUAGCUCUUUACUCUCCGAAUUAGAAAUCAAGGGCUUUAACCACCAUUUUAAAACAACAGGAGCACUCGGUGUAGUACUUACAUUUAAGAACGGCCACUCCCAGCUCCCCAUGAACUUUCUGUUUCAAUUCAGUGUUUACUUUGCUCCUCAUUUUAGUUUCUGGCAUAUGUUUAAAAUAGCAUGUUCCGAUAAAUAGGCGGAUUACAGAUGAUGCUGUUAUGUGCAUUGUUAGAGUCACAGUUGGUGGUGGUGAUUAUAUCAUGCAACACAAUUUUAAUGUAAUAUUUCUCCUUGCAGACAUAUCUGGCUCACUUGUAAUUAAAUGUAAGUACUGUUCCAGUAUAAUUUGUCAAGUUGUGUUUUCUUUACAGCCACAAGAAGUGUUGGGACUAUUGCCAAUACUUCCCCAUUAAAGAAUCUAUAUUACAAAUGCUGAGUAA